UCGAGUCGUUUCUGGGAAAGCUCUUCUUAGAUCGAGCUUUCGCGCGAAAUACGCUUUUGCCCCGAACGCGUAAAGUAAAAAGUAGGAACUUUUAAAAUUGCGUAGUUGCUUUGUAAUUUUCCUUCAUAUUGACAUUUCAAAUAGUGUGGUCGUUCGAAAAUUGUCCGUAUUGUAAGGUUUAGAAGAUAUUUAAUACUUAUAAACUGUUUACACCGAAUAUUUCUGUUAUGGAUUCAACAUACAUACAGUCCGUUGACGACGAAAAAGCUGUUGGAUAAGGAGUGUGGGAAUUUCAUGCAGUUUCGAUAUGAGGCUGCUGGAAUGUACUGUUCUAUUCUUGCUGCUCUACCGCAUCGUACCAAUUUGCUCUUCGCAUCUCUCCAGCUGUAGUUUCAACUCCAUGUGCCUGUGUUCUUCGGAUCAGCACAACUUGGACGCUCGCCUCAUUACGGACGUUAGCUGCAUAGCCGUGCCGUUUUUCAAAUUACCAAAUCUCCCAGAGGGCGACAUCAAACAGUUGGAGGUAGCCGGUAGCAACGUCCCGGCUUUGGAAGCGGAGAGUUUGGCAGGCUGCCAAGUGCACUCCCUGACCCUUUCCAACAACCACCUUCAGCACGUGGCCGAACGUGCUUUCAGUUCGAUGUCGUCAAGCUUGAAAUCCCUGGACCUAAGCUACAAUGAACUGGACGCGGUACCGUUCCAGGCCCUGAAGGAGUUAAGAAACUUGCAGUGGAUCAAUUUGCACGGGAAUAGGAUACAAUCAAUAAGUGGCGACUGGUCUCAUGUUCGUACAACGUUAAUGAAUUUAUUUUUGGGGGAGAACGACAUUACCGAAAUCCCAAACGACGCGAUUCUAACAAAAAGCCACCACGGAUUACACCAAUUCAAGUCACUAGUCUGGUUAAAUCUGGACGGAAAUAGAAUAUCAAAGAUACACAAGAACUCCUUGCCUCCAACCCUUCAAACAGUCAGUCUGUCCCACAACUUAAUCGAAGACUUCCCCGUAGAGAUAAUCCUGAACUUACCUCGUCUGCAGUGGUUAUACUUAAGAGGGAAUCACAUAAGGAACUUUCCUGUUCGGUCGUUUCACCGAAAGUUGUGGCUGGAAAAAAUCGAUCUCGGCGAAAAUUACUUGACCAGUUUACGGGAGGAACCGUUCAAUAACUCAGUAUUUAUAAGAGACUUAAACUUAGCUUUUAACGAGAUUAAAGUUAUCGUAAAUAAAAGUUUUAGCGGGUUGCAAUGCGGGCGGAUUAUUUUGUCGCAUAAUAACAUCGAUGUAAUCGAGGAGGAUGGAUUCGGGGGUAUUGAAACAACUUUGGAGUUCUUAGAUUUCGAUCAUAACGAUUUAACUUCCAUCCCGACCGCUCUGAGUCAACUGCAGUCAUUGAAAUAUCUGUAUUUAUCUUCGAACCUAUUAACUGAAAUACCUGUAAAAGUUUUUGAUGGAUUCUGUGAUAAUUUAAGGGCGCUGAGUUUUAGUGGAAACCAAUUAAGUAAAAUACCGUCGGAUGCGUUGCAAAAUUGUACGAAAAUAUCACAUUUUAACGCGGCUUAUAAUAAAAUUUACGACUUAACAGAAUACGAUUUCGAAACCUGGGGGCAAAAUAUAAAAAACCUAAUACUGGGUAAUAAUCGGAUAUCGUUGCUGAAGGAUCGGAUAUUUGCUGAACUAAAAGAGCUGAAAGAGCUGAGUUUAAGUUUUAAUCCGAUCAGAUAUAUCGACGAUAACGCGUUCGAGGGCUUGGAGGGGCUAGAAAGCCUGGAACUGUCCUUCGGACUUGAGGUGGAAACGAUAUCGGAGCAAAUAUUCAAGCACGUUCCGAACCUGCAAUGGCUGUCCGCAGAUAAUAACGAUUUGCACGCCAUAUCGGAGUCCUUCCUCAGCUUUUUGCCGGAAGUAAGGUACCUUAACUUGGAAUCGAACCGGUUGCGACAAGUUCCGGUUGGGAUAUUUUCAGUAUCGACCCAUGGGAAGCUUAGAGAGGUCCGGCUGUCGAACAACGUGAUAUCCAGGCUGAACGAGAAAACUUUCAACGGUUUGCAAUCCCUGGAAACUGUCACAUUCGCCAAUAAUAGGAUAAGAUUGGUGGAAAAGAACUCCUUUUACAACCUUCCGACCCUUGCUACGGUAAUACUUUCAAACAACGAAUUGGCUACCCUCGACAAACACGCUUUUGUUAAUCUUCCAAAAUUACACCUGGUCGAUUUACACAACAAUCACUUAACCGAAUUCUCGUUUGAUGUUUUUGUUAACGUAACCCAUCCCAUGCUAUUAAAUAUUAGUUCCAAUCGUAUAUCUUCCUGUAGCACAAGCAGACGAAUAUUAAGUAUUGAAGUAUUGGAUUCGAGGCAAAACUAUUUCUCACAAGUACCGUCCUGCGUUGACAGCAUAUCACUCCUUAAAAAACUACUUCUAUCUGACAAUGAAAUCUCGAUGUUGGAGCAUAAUAGCUUCAUGCACCUGACUUCGCUUGAAGUGUUGGAUCUCGAGCGAAAUAACAUUGUCAAUAUACAUAGGAGAGCAUUUUUCGGCUUACAAAAUUUACAAAUUCUCGACCUGUCCCAUAAUUCUAUAUCCCUUGUGCAUAUCAAUCAGUUCUCUAAUACUCCCAAACUCAGAAUACUAGAUAUGAGCAAUAAUAAUCUAAAUUAUUUACCAAAAGAGGUAUUUACGGGCACUAUUUUAGAGAAGCUCGAUUUAAAUAACAAUUUUUUCUCCGUGGUUCCUACUUUGAGCUUAACGGAAGUGGGAAUUACCUUAAGACAUUUUUGUAUAGGCUAUAAUAAUAUUGAACACGUAGAUAGUACAACGUUCCCCGAUAUACCGUUUCAGUACCUGGAUUUAAGUAGUAACAAGUUUACGAUAUUACCCGACAACGUGUUCACCAGUUUGGGGUUUCUGCAGAACCUGAUUUUGAACUCUAACCAAAUACGUGCCAAUUUCAAAGAACUGUUCCACUACGCACAAAAUCUAAAAAAACUUUCGUUAGCCAGUUCAGGGAUUAUUUCCACGCCAACGUUACCUUUACCAAACCUCAUUUCAUUAAAUCUAUCCUACAAUAACAUCGAAAUCAUUAAUCGUAAUACCGUACAAAAAUUAGGAAAAUUAAAAUUGCUGGAUCUGAGUCAUAAUUUCAUCAGUCAUAUUCCUGCAUACUUAUGGAUACAUUUACCGCAUUUAAAAACGUUGGAUAUAUCAUACAAUCCAAUAAAGGAACUAUUAGCGGACCACUUUCACGGAUUGAGAAAUCUACAACACUUGAACAUUCAAGGCCUAAAAUCCCUGCGGAAAUAUGAAAGCGCCUCAAUUACUCAAAUUCAGUAUCUAUCGACCUUAUUAAUUGAAACUUGGCCUAUGGUGGAAAACUUCCAAACACAACUUUGCGAAACGUUCGCAAAACUCGAGCAAUUACGUAUCCUAAAAUUGCUCGUACGGGAUUCUGUACUAGACGAUCAGCUACUCUGUGUGUCAAAUAAGAAAAUCCGACACCUGGAAAUAACCGGGAGGCAGCUGAGGGUUAUAGACAGAAAGGCGUUCGCCCAGUUUACGAAAAACCCGGAUUUGGUACUAAGGAUCAGCGGGACACAAGUGGAGGAACUACCGGCUGGACUGUUUGCCAACAUGUACAAAGUUUCGUACUUACGAAUAGACCUGAGAGAUAACAUGCUCUCCUACCUCAGUCCUGAAGUGUUCUACGGGAAUUCGAGCACUUGGAAAAAUGUAGGAACGACACUCAUAUCAGGAGGUUUGGCGCUAUCGGGAAAUCCGUUCAAGUGUGGAUGUCACUUGACGUGGCUCGGUUACUGGUUGCGACGAUGGAUGAGAGAAAGUCUGCAAUCGCACAGCGCUCCCGUGGAUGCAGCCGCAACAAUGACCGAAGCUCUGCACGAGGCCACGUGCACAGACAUAGAUUCUGGGGUUCGAAUCCCCAUCGUCCAAUUGCUACCGGAAGACAUGAGUUGCCAUGCGAGCGCCUUGAGCACGGCCCCCACUUCGACCGAAAUAUCUGUGAUCUCUAUUUUACUUUGUUACGUAUUUUACCAUGUAAUAUAGUGCGCGUCUUUGUUAUUACUGUAUUUUAUUAAGAAAUAAACGAAGAGUAUACUUCCUUUAUUAAUAA